ACGACUCAGCAAAAUUUUAUUAUUUAUAAGCGAGGCCGCUCACACCCGUCUCGCGGGUCGUCCUAUCUAUUGUCGAGAGUUGGAGUCAUUUUGCCUUUUAUAGACUUGUUUGGGUAACAUUCUAGUUGACCCUGAUUGGUUUAAUUGAAGAUGCGUGUUGGCAAGAAUUCCCCGAACGCCCCGAGCGAUUCGGAUAAACCAAAAGAAGAGAUUAUUGGAAACAACACUUACCAUCCCGGCAUUGCCGAUAUCGAAUAUGAUGAGCUUCACGUACAAUGCCCGCCUCAUACCACGGAACGGAAGCUCAUUACCAAAAUCGACUGGCGGUUGAUACCGUUUUUGUGUAUUCUGUAUCUUCUCGCCUUCUUAGACAGGGUCAAUAUCGCGAAUGCGAAGUCUUUCCACCUAGUAGAAGAUCUACACCUCAAGGAUACCGAGUACAACACCGCUUUAACCAUGUUCUUCGUGCCAUAUAUCGUUGCCGAGAUUCCUAGUAAUAUCUUGAUGAAAAAGUUCUCUCCCCGUGUAUGGCUCCCGACUUGUAUGCUGGGGUUUGGUAUUGCAUCCGUAUGCCAAGGUCUUGUCCAGAAUUAUUCCGGUCUCCUUGCGACUCGAUUCUUCUUAGGUCUAUUUGAAAGCGGAAUGUUUCCAGGAUGUUUCUACCUCAUUAGCAUGUGGUAUAAACGAAGCGAGUCACAGAAGCGUUACUCCUUAUUCUUCUCAUCCACUUCUCUGGCCGGGGCUUUCGGGGGUCUCUUGGCGUCUGCCAUUGGAAAGAUGCAGGGUAUGCGCGGAUACAACGGUUGGCGUUGGAUUUUCAUACUAGAAGGAUCCCUUACAGGCCUCGUUGCGAUUAUUUUCUUCUUCAUAUUUCCCUCGUUUCCUGAGGAGGCCAAAUGGUUGACCGAAGAUGAGCGGGCGUACAUAAAGGCUCGUUUACAAGCCGACCAGGGCCACAACGCCGCAGAACGAAAAAUAACGCUCCGCGACGUCGUGAAAGUGAUGAAGGAUCACCGCAUCUGGCUCGGUGGAUUCAUGUACUUUGGACUCAUCGUUCCGGCGUACAGCUAUGCUUUCUUCGCGCCAACCAUUAUCUCGACCUACCACUACGACGCAAUCCAGACGCAGCUACAUAGUGUACCUCCUUGGGCAGCAUCGUUCGUCUUCUCUAUUAUCAUGGCUGCGCUAUCUGACCGGUUACGUCACCGCGCCGCAUUCGCGCUGCUACCACUUUGCUUGUGUAUUGCUGCCUUUGCCACCCUUCUCAAGGUCCACAACAACACACCCGUCCAAUACGCAAUGUUGCACCUAGUCACGAUGGGUACGUAUAGUAUUUUACCUAUCACCGUGUGUUGGUUUAGCAUGAACCUUGGCGGGCAUCAUCGCAGAGCCAUUGGAACCGGCUGGCAGAUUGGAUUCGGCAACAUAGGCGGAAUCAUCGCAACUUUCGCCUUUCUCAGCAAAGAUUCUCCGGAGUUCACGAAGGGCUAUGCGAUAUGUCUCGGGUUCACCUGUGUUAGCGGUAUAGCCUCAGCCCUGUAUCUCAUCUCUAUCUACAGCGAAAACCAGAGGAGAAAGAGGGCCGUCCGGGACGUCGGUUUAUCGGAGUACGAGAAGACUGAGUUAGGAGAUCUUAAUCCUGAGUUCAGAUACAUGUACUAGCGAGUAUAUGGUCAGAUGUGGGCUUGUAAAUAAUUUUUGAGUAGAAGGGGAAGACAGAAAAUGGGGAUAGUAUGGGUAAGGAUUUAGAUGAGAUGAUCAGUCACGAUAUCUACAUAGCUAAUAUUCUGUGUCAUAUACCUACCGAAUAUUUUGAACCAUUUAGCGUGAUAAUAUACUGUUUCUACAGCUAC